GGGGGCAGGCGCUCUGUGGCCCUUUGCCGGGCGGAGGAGGAUGCGUGACCACGCGCGCCCCCGUCCGGUCCCCCCCGCCCAACUCGUCCAGCUCUACACAUCCGAGUGGAUUUGGAGGCCGGCGAGCUCCAUGGAGGAGGAGCCAGCAGCCGUGCCGACGUCACGCGCGCCGGGGACCCAUUCGUGCACCUCCCUCAUCCGCCUGGAGCAGGAGGCCAAGCGCGAGCAGCACGCGCGGGUGCAGGAGAAGCGGCGCAGGGGCAACGCCAUGCCAGGAAAGAAGAUCAGCGAUGAGGUGCUGGACCUGGCCGAGUACACGAAGAACCAGCCCUGGUGGCGCAAGCUGUUUGGGCCCAGCUCUGGCUCCAGCACAGAAAAGUACAACGUAGCUACCCAGCUGGCUAUUGGAGGCGUCACAGGAUGGUGCACCGGCUUCAUCUUUCAGAAGGUUGGGAAACUGGCCGCAACUGCCGUGGGAGGUGGCUUCUUCCUGCUUCAGAUCGCGAACCACACGGGAUACAUCAAAGUCGACUGGCAGAUGGUGGAGCGGGACGUGAGCAAAGCCAAGGAGCAGCUGAAGUUUCACGGCAGCAACCACAGCCAGCUGGCACCAGAGGUCAAGACCCAAGUGGAUGAGGUGAUCUCCUUUCUGAAGAAGAACGUUCUCCUGACCGGCGGGUUUGUCGGAGGGUUUCUGCUCGGCAUGGCCUCUUAGGAGACGCCUCAGUCUGGAAGCCCCCUGCGCUGCUGCCAUCUCCCGCUCAGUAACCGCCGGAUUGAUCAGUUGGCUGACCUGGAGCAUUGCCCCUGCUGACCAGUUCUCCGCUUUGUAUGUGAAUCAUGGCCUCCAGAAAUGCUGCCGCUAGCUCCUGUGCUCCUCCCGUUUUUAUUUGAUGCGCUGGAGAUUGGUGGGGGGGGGAGAGAUGGGCUUGGUCCGAAGGCUGGCCGCUGCAGGGCUGACUUCUGUACCCCCCGUGAUAUCUCGGGCUCUGUAGAAUCCCCCUUCCUCAUUUAACUUUUUUCAACCCGAUGACCUAGGCAAAGGGUUGUGUCUCUGGGAUAAUCCCAUCUCCGGGACAGGAGCACCCCUCGCCUUGUAUGCACCAUCUUGGCUGUUUCGUAUUCCUUCUUGAGUAGCUGUGGUACAGCCUGUGCUUCCAGCUGGUAAGAUCACAAAGGCACAGUGUGGAGAGGCUGUACCAGGUCAUGUCCCAAAAUAACUGGUGCCUAGGACUGGCGCGUCCUACUGUGGGCAUGCUCUUUCUCAAGCCCUGACUUUGCUAGGACAACUGUAUACAAACAGAUCCCCUCUGGCAUCUCCUGGGCUGUUAUUUAUAUACCUGUUGCUGAAGCCAGAGAGCUGGAACUUCCUGUGGAAACUCUGCCUGUUACCUGGGAUUCUCUGCCAGGAAAGCUGCGCAGGACUUCAAAAUUACAUUGUUCCAAGGAAAUGUCUCUUGUAUGCUUAACUGUCACUGCCUUGUAGAAUGAAUGCUUCAAGGUAGACUCUAUCUGAAUGGCUGGAACCAGCAAGCUCUUUGGGAGAAUCUGGGUUCUCUUGCUGGGGAGCCACGGUUGCAGCAGUGGGGCUUGGAGGUGUGCAUUGUGCUGCCAGAGCCUCGUCUUGUAUGGAUCUCCAGCUGGCUAUCUGGGACGUGUAGAUAGCGGGAGCUUGGAGAAUCUGGGUCUUGGUGCUGUAUAAGCGACUGUUGCAGUGAUGGGGAAUGGUGUGUGUUGUGCCGUGGGAUCCUCAUCUUGUAUGGCGCUCCGGCUGCGAGAAUCUGGGUCUUCUCAGUUGCAGUGCCGGGGACUGGAUAUGUGUUGUUCUGUUGGAACCUCUUCUUAUAUGGAGCUCUAGCUCUCCAUGAUGUGCAGAGAGUGGGAGCUCUGUAGGUUCUGUUGUUGCUUUAUGUGGCAGUCGGGGCAGGUGGAAAGGGAUGGAACGCUUGUCCAACG